AACCUGCCAAGGAAAUAUGUUUAUCAUAAAACAAUUUCAACAACAUUGCAAAAUAUCUGCAUGUUAUACACAUGGUGCUGAAACUGGAUUAGACCUCAGACAGUGCAUGAUACGUGCAUGUGAAGGUGGUGCAAAUGUUAUCAAUUACAGAAGUGCCAAAAACAUACAUGCAUCAAGACUUCCAUCUGUAUGUGAUUUGAGAACCUGUUUAAUUCAUAAUGGUCAACUUGAUUUAAACCUCACCUAUAACAGUACAGGUUUUGAGGUUUAUGUGCUGCACACUACACAAGGAGCAAAAUCAACAACAAUGACACCAUCAACAACGACACCAUCAAUAACGACAACAUCAACAACAGAUCAACAAGAAAUCAUUUCUUUCGAAAUUGCCACAAUAGUUAUGGGAAUCUUACUUGUGGUUUCAAUUGUGGUGAUUCUGAUAACUUGCAUCAUGUUAAAAAGACAACAUACUAAAAGAAAACAUGAAAUGAAUUCUCAAGAUGACAACCUGGCACCUCUUAAAGAUUAUGCAGACAAUGUCACUGAUAAUAAUUAUGUAAAUGAUUCUUUUAUUGAUGAGAUAAGCUAUGGAAAUCAGAAUGAUCCAAUUGUACAACAGAGCAUUGCCAGAACUGUUAAUGAAGGUGCCCUUGAAAAUGAAAGAGAUGAGGAGCUUAACUUUAUGAUUGAUCCAACUGGACCAGAGAGAAAGGUCAGAACUGUUACUGAAGGUGCCACUGAAAAUGAUAGAGACAAGGAGCAUAACUUUAUGAAUGAUCCAACUGGACCAGAGAGAAAAGUCAGAACUUUUAAUGAAAGUGCCCUUGAAAAUGACAGUGAUGGGAAGCAUUACUACAUGAAUGACCCAACUGGACCAGAGAGAAAAGUCAAAACUGUUAAUGAAGGUGCCACUGAAAAUGACAGAGAUGGGGAGCAUAACUAUAUGAAUGAUCAAACUGGACCAGAGAGAAGAGUCAUAACUGCUAAUGAAGGUGCCUUUGGAAGUAACAGAGAUGCCACUGAAAAUGACAGAGAUGAGGAGCAUAACUAUAGGAAUGAUCAAUUCGGACCAGAGAGGAAACCCAGAAUUGUGAAUGAAGGUACCAGUGAAAAUGACAGAGACAAGGAGCAUAACUACAAAAAUUAUAAAUUUAGACCAGAGAAGAAUAUCAUAACUGCUAAUGAAGGUGCCUUUGGAAAUAAUAGAGAUGCCACUGGUGCCACUGAAAAUGACAGAGAUGAGGAGAAUAACUAUAGGAAUGAUCAAUUCGGACUAGAGAGGAAAGCCAGAAUUGUGAAUGAAGGUGCCUUUGGAAUUGAAAGAGACAAGAAACAUGGUUAUAGUUAUGUUACUCUUGACAAAAACAGAGAUGAGAAGCACAACUAUAAGAGUAUGAAAGUCAGAACUGAAAAUAAAGGUGCUCUUGGAAAUGACAGCGAUGAGGAGCAUGACUAUGUGAAUGUUCCCAUUACACCAAAGAUGAAAGUGAGCACUAUUAAUGUUAAAGACAAAGAGUGUGUCUAUAAGAAUGAUCCAAGUGAACCAUAAUGGAAAGACUGAACUGUUGAUCUUGGUAAUAACUGAGACAAAACUAUGGAACAAGAAUUUCUAGGAAUUUCAUAAGGAAUCAAGUGAUAUCUCUUGCAUAGUCACAAAAAAUGACACCCAUCUUACGUUGCAUAGGUUGUUUGUCCAUUAUAAUAUAGGCUUGUUCUUUGGCACGUUCAAAGUAGACAUGGAUGUGAAAUUCCUUUGCAGACACACAUGGAUUCUGCACAAAAAAUGUCACCCAGUCUUUGUAACAUAACUUUGUAAAUACAAAAUAAUGUAGUUGUAGAUAAAAUCACUAUAACUUAUUUCCAAAAUUAUGUUACAAAAAGUGGGUGUCGUUUUUUGUGUAAAAUCCAGUUGUGCCAACAAAGGAAUAGACGGCACAUUUUAUAACGCUCAUAAAUGCGCAUCUAGGUGAGCCAGUCAUCUGAAACUUCUUUUGAAGUUUUAAUGUGCAAAAAACAAGUCUGAACUUCUGCAGACAAAAAAGUUGUGUGGGUUGGUGCCAUUUAUAUUGUGUCACGCUGUAUAUACUAUUGAAUUUGUGACAAGAUAUCUUCUAUAAUGUACUAAUAUAACUUGUAAAAAUAUGGGAAUAAGUCAUGUUUAGCUAAUUUAAUCAUGGGAGUGAAGUCAAUGAAAUGAUAAUUUAGAGCAAAUGUUUUCAAUUUUAAAUGGGUUAUUCAUCAAAUAACCUUGAUUAUUAUAUCACUGUCAUAUUCCCAACUCUC